ACCAGUUCUGCCUUUAAAACUAAUAAUAAACCAGCAGCAGUGUCCACACUGUUAGAUUCGGGGGAACCCGUUUGCGCAGGUGCUUUGGGGCCGCAGCCCCGGGAGGGGGGUACUGCCCACUGCCUGGGGCGUUGGAAGGGUGGCCAGACGGGGAGUCAUCGGGCCAGCACGGCGCGGAGCAGGCUCCAGGGCUGUGGAUGGGCCCUUGGCUCAGCGUUGAGUGUGGGCUGGAGACCCCGUGCGGCCUGGGGAGAGCACAGAAGCAGCACCAGGGCCAUCUGGAGGUGGCCCUGUGGUUUCGAGGAACGUUCUGGAAACUGUGCAUUUCCUGCUGGGGAGGGUCAGAGUCUGAUGCCACUGUCCCUUCAGGCUGGCGGGCGGGGCCUGUGCAGCCUUCUAGCUGGGUGGUCUUUCUCCUUGGGCCAUCUGUUUCUUUACCUGGAAAUGGGGGCGUGGGGGUGAGCACUGAGAGAUGUGGGCUCCUGUGCAGCCCGCCGGGCCGGGGCAGGCUCAGGGCUCAGGCCUGAGGGAGCGUGGCACACCGCCAGCUGCAGGCCGGAGAGGGCCCUCCCCGAGGUGGAGACGGGGCUGGGAGCGGAGGGACCUCUCCGACUGCACGGCCGCGUGUCUCAGUUCCUCGUUUCUGCUCAGGGCUGGAAAUCCCCCGCGGGCAGCGUUGCUCGGGCGCUGCAGGCGCAGCCCCGCUUCCCCAGGUGCGGCUUUGCCGAGGCCGCCUGGGCUGCAGGUGCCCUCACAGCCCCGCGGCAGUGCGACUCGGACGGCGGUCUGGGCUCCUGGGGGCGUGAGGGUGGCCACAAGGCAGAGCGGCCACGGCCUGUGACCCAGCUGUGGACUCUGCACCAUGUGCCUGGCUCCCGGCUGCUCCCGCACGGGUGCGGCGGUGUCCUCUCCACCUAUGGAGACGGGCAAGGGCUUUUGCCCAUGUCCUCACCCUCGUGUGACAGACCUGGAACACCCCUCCUGCCUGCUGGCUGGUCUCGGCUGCCCGUGCACCUGCCCUCUCUGUGGCCGUAGCCAUCCUGGGCUCCCGCUAAGGGAGAAGCUUGAGUCAGGCCGCGGGCCGAGCGCUCAGCCCUGCCUUCUGGCUCAGGCACGCAGGCCGUUUCUGUGCUGGGACUGGCGGGCGGCAGACCCGCAGCCUGCGGGAGGCCCGGCGAGGAGCUCCGGGGGGCUCAGCAGAUGGAGGGGCCGUGUCCUUUGGAGCAGAGGUUAGGCCAGCACGGCCCCCUCCCCGCACUGGUGGCAGAUGGUGGAGCCACACGCCGCGGAGGGGCUGCCAUCGGGUCUGUGCUCCCUCACCUGAGUGCCUGCCAGUCGUCUGGAGCCGAGACCUUCCGUCCGGUGUUAACAGAUCAGGUGUGAUUUGUCGUGUAUAUACAUUUGUUAUCUUCGGCAAAUUUCAGACAUCAAAGCAGAGAGGAGUCUGCUCCGCGUCCUGUUGGGUGGACAGCACGUGGAGCCAGUCCGCUCUGCUGCCGUCCCAUCCCCGGGAGAGGGGCAGCGCUCCUGGGCCCCGGGCUCCCUGUGGGCGCUCCCCUGUGUGGGUCCGGCCCCGCUUCCUUCGCGUGUCGGCUGUGAGACGUGCUGGCCACACCUGUGCAGGAAGCCUCAGGUCUCCUGGGGCGUCCGCGCCUGCGCUUGGGUCUCGGUGGCGCGGGCACGGGAGAGCCUCGAGCGCCCGGCAUGCAUGCCGCACGUCCGGCUGGCCACCCUCACCUAGAUAGCAGGUCACCUCUCCCUGCUAGUUCCGCCCGCCUUGACCCUCCAGCCCAAGACCAGGCGUCCCCACUCGUGUCUGUGAGACCCCAGAGACACGGGCUGGCCGGUGUGUCCUUUCCUGUCGGCCCCGAGUGCUCUCCAGGCCAGGAUCCCGUGUGACAGUCCACAGCACCCCUGGGACUGCUGCCCGAGAGCCCUCGGGGUGGGCACCUCAGGGCCCCCUCCCACUCCAGGCCAACAUGGUGGUGGUGGUGAUCGGGACGGCCCCUUGGUGGAACUGGGCCGGCACCGGCUUCUCUGCUUCGAGGAAAGCAGUGAUGUGCAUCUGCUCGGGGAGCCCUGACAAACCUAAGAGGCCGCAGUCCCUGCCAACUCCUCCCUUCUCCGAAAGCCACUUGGCAGAGGGUGGGGAGGUGUUUGGCCUGGGAAUGAAUCCCCAGGAAGAAGCUGCGGGCCCCCAGCGCCCUGUGUGCCGUGGGCGGUGUCGGCAGAGCCGCCUUAGGCUGCCUCGGGGGCAGCGCCUGUGCUGGCAUUCGGAUCAGGCACAUUUCUCCACGGCUCCGGGAGCGACCGAGACCUGGGGCGCGGCAGCAGCGAAGGCUGGUGGGAGACAGAGUGUGUGGGAGCCAGCCCGCGCCCCCCGUGUCUGUCCCCUCUCGGCCUUGCCCUGGUGGUCCGUCCUGGCCGCCAGAGCCCCUGUCAGCCACAGGCUCCCUUCACUGACGGUGGGAGGCCACUGGAGGGGUAUGGUGUGGUAGGCGAGGCAGGUUUCCCGUGGCCAGCUCGCCUCUUGCUCCUCAGGGCCCCGCACGGCUGGGUGCUCGGUGUCCCCUGGGACAGAGUGGCCGUGUUGGGCUCUGCAGGGCUGUUGGAUCAGGGACCUUCCAUGUCCUGCCCGCCUUCGUGGGGGGCCGGCACUGCAUUGCUGGGGGUGGGGGCCUGACUGCUCUGGAAUGUUCCGCUGGUGUUCAGGGGCACGCACCCCUCUCUACCUGACCUGGCUUUGUAGGUGGAACCCCAGGAGCCUGGCCUCCUCCCCAGCGGGUAGAGAGAUCUGCAGAGGGACACGGAGGACAUGGCCCGAGGCCCCAGACCUUCACCCCUCGUCCCUGCUGCCCACGCAGCUGCAGGAGGCUCUUAGGCCGGCUGCUGGCUCGGCGAUCCGGAACAUGGUGGCGGUGUUGGAAGUCAUCUCCAGCCUGGAGAAAUACCCCAUUACCAAAGAGGCACUGGAGGAAACGCGGCUCGGGAAGCUCAUCAACGACGUGCGCAAGAAGACCACCAACGAGGAGCUCGCCAAGCGCGCCAAGAAGCUGCUGCGGAGCUGGCAGAAGCUCAUCGAGCCCGCGCACCAGAAUGAGGCGGCGCUGCGCGGGCUGGCGGGGGCCGCGGGCUCGGCCAACGGGGGCGCGCACCACUGCCGGCCGGAGGCGGGGCCGCCCGGCACGCCCAAGAGCAUCCAGGAGCUGAAGAGCCGCAACGACAUCCAGCGGCUGCCCGGGCAGCGGCCGGACAGACUGGGCGGCCAGAAGCGCCGGGGGGACCAGCGCGACCUCGGCCACCCCGGGCCGCCCGCCAAGGUCUCCAAAGCCAGCCACGAGCCCCUGCUCCCCAAUUCGUCCCCCCUCCCCACCAACGGGAUCAGCGGGAGCCCAGAGAGCUUCCCUGGGCCCCCCGACGGUGGCGGCGGUGGCGGUGGCGGCGGCGGGGGGCACGGCCCUGAGAGCGGCCGUGUGGAGCCCACCGAGAAUGACACGCACAGCGGCAAGAUCCCUGUCCACGCGGUGCGGCCGCACACCAGCUCCCCGGGCCUGGGCCAGCCCCCCGGGCCCUGCCUGCAGACUAAGGCAGCGGUGCUGCAGCAGCUGGACAGGGUGGACGAGACCCCCGGGCCCCCCCACCCCAGGGGGCCCGCGCGCUGCUCCUUCAGCCCCCGGAACUCACGGCACGAGGGCUCCUUUGCCCGGCAGCGGAGCCCGUAUGCACCCAAGGGCUCCGUGUCCAGCCCCUCGCCGCGGCUCCAGCCGCUCGACGCCACCCAGGUGCCCUCACCUCUCCCGCUGGCCCAGCCGUCCACGCCCCCCGUGCGGCGGCUGGAGCUGCUGCCCAGUGCCGAGAGCCCGGUGCGCUGGCUGGAGCAGCCCGAGGGCCGCCAUCGACUGGCGGCGCCGGGCUGCAAGGCAGGGCUGCCCCCGGCCGGCUUCUCCCCAGACUCCUCCAGGGUGGACAGCGACGCUGCCGCCGCCGGGGGCUCGGACAGCAAAAAGAAGAAAAGGUACCGGCCACGCGACUACACGGUGAACUUGGACGGGCAGGUGGCCGAGGCGGGCGUGAGGCCCGUGCGGUUAAAAGAGCGGAAGCUCACCUUUGACCCCAUGACGAGACAGAUCAAACCUCUGACCCAGAAAGAGCCAGUGCGGGCGGACAGCCCUGCGCGCACGGAGCAACCGCCCAGGACAGAGCCGGACGCGCCCGAGGCCAAGGCCAGCCUCCAGAGCCCCUUUGAGCAGACGAACUGGAAGGAGCUGUCGGGCAACGAGAUCAUCCAGUCGUACCUGAGCCGGCAGAGCAGCCUGCUGCUGUCCUCCGGCACGCAGACGCCGGGCGCCCACCACUUCAUGUCCAAGUACCUGAAGCAGGAGCAGAGCCGGCUCGGGGCCCGGCGGCCGCACGUGCUGCUGCCGCACAGCCCGCCCGCCGAGCUGCCGGGGCUGAGCCGGGAGCUCACGCAGGACGAUCUCGACAGAAUCCAGGCCGGCCAGUGGCCGGGGGUGAACGGGUGUCGGGACACACAGGGUAACUGGUAUGACUGGACGCAGUGCAUAUCGCUCGACCCGCACGGCGACGACGGGCGCUUGAACGUUCUGCCUUACGUCUGCCUGGACUGAGCGCCCGCGGCCGCCGGGCGCACUCCCACCUCGCGGCGGGCGGGAGCGGGGGUGGGGGGCAGGAGCCACGCGGGCUUCCGCCCCUUCCCCCCUCCCGGGACUCUCCUCCUUUUGUGAAAUGCUGCUACCAGUUUACUAACAAAAUUGCGAAGGGAGGGCGGCGCGCACGGACGGCAAAGCGAGUUCGGAACUUGAGCGAACGCGUCAGUCCCCACCCGGGCACCCAGGCAGGCAGGCAGGCAGGCAGGCGGGCGCAGGGCUCCGCGCUGGGGGGAGCAGCAGGAGCACGCGUCUCGGCCCCGCACUCGCUCUUCUGGGGUCUGGGAGCCGGGGGGCCGCGGGCGGGCCACGUGGACGACCAGUCUAGCCCACACUCCACGAGCAUCCACCCAUUUCGAUCUGGUUUCGGUUCAAAAUCCCCAGUUUUUCAAAGAAAUGCUGCAAAAAAUUUCAGUUCUCUCGCGUUUAUUUUCCAUGUGACCACCAGCCAAAACCCGCCCUCCCCGUCCCUGCCCCUCCCCCACACGCCUGGGGAGUUCACCUUCCUAGAGUCCCCCCCAGAACAACACAGAUGUCGCCGCGGGUGCUACUGGGGUGCGCGCCGUGCCGCCGGGCGAGGAGCCGUCUGCGCUGACACUCAUAACCAUUCCUUUAGAUUCGUUUGCCUUAUGGUUACUCGUCAUAAACGCGAUUUGCAAAAACAAGGAGCCUUAGUGAAUGUACAGAACCCAGACUUCUGCGUCCUCACGCAGAAGGGAGCAACUUUGCUAUUUGGUCCAGUAAGUGGACACCUUGUGAUAUAAAUGUGGAAAUAAAAAACCCAUUUGCACAAA